AUGUUGGGAACCAAUGCGCUUUCGGCGAGCAAGGUCGGCACUUUGGUGUGGCUGGCUCUGUCUCCAUGGGCUCUCGGGUGGUGCUCGUGGGCGAAGCUCUGGAGCUUCUCCUUGAUAUACACUGUACAGCUUGUCGCACAUAGACCUCAUUUGGGCAAGGGCUGGCCCUUCCAUUGGCUGCUCUAUGGCCCUCUGGUGGAUUAUGUCCUCAGCUAUCACGACGCCACUGUAAUUCGAGAAGGCCCAGCUCCAGAUUCCAAGGGGAAGUACCUCUUCGCUAUGUAUCCACACGGUGUCUAUGGUGUCUGCCGCGCCUUCUCCGGUGGAGUUGGUUGUUGGCGGACACUUUUCCCAGGCAUCGCCGCCCGUUGGGGAAGCUUCGGUGCAGCAUUCUUCCUUCCAGGCAUUCGGGAAAUGUCCCUGUUCUGUGGUUGCAUCGACGCGUCCAAGCCGGCGCUCGAGCGGGCCGUUCGACGAGGGGAGAACAUCAUCCUGCUACCUGGCGGCAUUGACGAAAUGAACCUUACGGAUGGCGAGUCCAAGGACACACAGCUCGUGAUGACAGACCGAAAGGGCUUCGUGAAGCUUGCCAUUGAAAGUGGCAUGGACAUCAUCCCCGGCUUCUGCUUCGGCGAAAAGUGGAUUCACCACACCAUCAGGCUCCCGCACUUCAUUCAGAGCCUCCUUCGGCCUCUAAGGAUGAGUGGAACGUUGCUGCGUGGACGAGGGAUUACUCUCAUGGGAUUUCUGGAUCCUCCACUUGGCUACGUCUGGGGCGAGCCCAUUAAGGUGACGCAGCAGAAGCCGGUUGACGAGACGUACUUGAACGAGGUGCACCAGAAGGUUGCCGAUGCUGUCGUUGGCAUCUUCAAGAGACACAAGGCGCGCUUUGGUUAUUCAGAGGACGAGACCCUCUCCCUCGUCAGUGCAGCAGAUGCCAAGAAAAAGGUCAUUGCCAAGAAGCGAGACUGA